UCCUUUUUGUCACUGACUAGGGCUUCCAAUUAGGGUUCGUGAGGAAGAAGAAGAAAGAAAAUGGCGGUGGAUCCGAGCUUCGCCGGAGUCGGAUGGGACGAUCUCCGCAAGCAGGCGCGAAGGCUGGAGAACGAGAUCGAUGCGAAGCUCGCGAGUUUUGGGCGGCCAGAUCAGUCGGGGGAGGAUUGUGAAGCGGAGAUCGAGAGGCUGCUCAAGCAACUCCAGCAAAUCAAUUCGAGUAUGCAGUCUUUGAUGUCAGCGAUCGGUUCUGACAUUGUUUCUCAUACCUUGGCACGCCAUCUAAACAUCUCUCACGAGUUCGUCCAGGAGUUUAAGAGGAAACGAGCUAUUGCCAAAGACAAUCGCGAGCACGCCGAAUUGCUCCACUCUUUUCGAUCGCCAUCGGAGAGAAGAUUGGAAGUUGAUCCCCUUGUGCAAGAGAGGAGCUCCAUCCAGAGAUCUACUGCUCAGAUAGACUCGGUCGUGAAUCAAGCACACGCAGCUCUCAGCGCGCUGUCCACGCAGCGAAGCUUGUUUGGAACGAUCGGAUUCAAGAUCAACAACGUAGGAUCCAUUCUACCGUCGGUGAACCAUGUUCUAGUUGCGAUUCGAAGAAAAAAAAACCAGGACACAUUGAUCUUGUCAGCCGUGAUUUCAGUUUGCACUUUCUUGAUGUUCCUUUACUGGAUUUCCAAGUGAAAGAGAAAGUAAUGCCGCGUUUUUACCC